AUGACGAGCCUCGGCACCGUCGGCGAUGUCGUGGAUGCAUUCAGCUCCGUUCCACCCGCUCACAUGCCGGGGCACUUUGGCAACUAUGCGGUGCAAUACCUCUCAAGUCAUAUUGACUCCCUCGUGCAGUCAGUCCCAGUGACAUUCGUGUACGUUCUUCUCCUCGGGUACCCCCUUUUCGCUGGGCUGCUUCGGGUUGUGCGGCCGCUCUUGGAGAGCUGGAUCAUGGGAAGCAGUGUAACCCUCGGCAUGGUUGUGGGACUCCCAUACAUACAGCGUAACAUCAUCGUCCAGCUGCCGCCGUUUUUUUUCGUCGAAGUGCCCAACCACAACGUUCUGCUACAGAACGCGGUGCUCAUGUAUGUGUGCCACCACCUCUGGCUCCAGAAGCCGCUACCGUCGCGUUUCUUCUACCAAAACACUCACAUGGUUACGUUGCUCGAUCCCUAUCGCUCCUGGCACGCUAGCGUAAACGUCGGGUCGCCGUUUUACGUUGGGCCGAGCAAGACCAACCGAAGCAACCCAGCAGAUGUCCUCACAGAGAAGCAGCUCGAGCGCCUUCGCCUGAUAAAGCUACCGCACAAGGCGUGGAUUCCUGUAAUGUCGGACGACAUCGAGCUGUAUUUCAAAGAAGAGCCGCUGACAGUAGCUGAUUAUAGCGUUCCAUGGAUACGCCGCACCGUGUCGUUGCGCUGCCGCGCCGCUCCCGGAUCUGCAGCGAAGCUGGACGAAUUUGUGCGACGUGCGCUGGAGGUGUUCGCGGAGGGGGCACCGGGGAAAGAGGACGACGCGCUGCGGUGGUUCUUCGCGUACGGAGGCAAGUCUGACGACAGGGUGUUCUUCAACCAGUACGUGCUGCGCAGCAACAAGGGCUUCGACACGCUAUUCUUCCCGCAGCGCGACGCGACGCUGACGCUGAUCAAUCAAUUCAUGCAGCGGCGCGGCCGGUUCGCCGUGGAGGGGUUCCCGCAGAGGCUGGGGUUCCUUGUGUACGGGCCGCCGGGGACGGGGCGGCACGCGUUCGUGAAGGCGCUCGCGGCGCACACGGGGCGGCACAUCGUGUCUGUGCCACUGUCGAAGCUGCGCACGAACCAGCAGCUGUACGACAUCUUCUUUGCGCGCGAGUUCCAGUCGGAGGGGGGAGACAGCGUGCAGAAGCUGCGCAUGGAGGACGUGAUCUUCUUGUUCGACGACGUGGACGCGGCGGACUCCGUUGUGUGCGCGCGUGCUGCGCGCCGCGUGGUGCAGCGCCGUGCUGCUGCUCGGCUGACUGCGCGCGCGGGGUGGCGCGAGGCCCCGCUGACGAACUGCGUGAUCGAGAUGGACACGUCGUCGUCGCUGCCGGUGAUGCGCGUGGAGGACAACGCGCUGCCGCUUGCGCUGCUGCUGAAGAUUAUGGGUGGCGACGCGUCGAAGAGUGACGGCGCGCCAGCGGUGGGCCGCGGUGGCGGCGGGAGCACGGGCGGGCGGCGGCAGAAGACGGAGGAGACGGCGGCGGCGACAUGUGAAGCGGGCGCGAAGGUUGACGGCGGGCACCUGUUCGGGAUGAACGACGUGCUGCUCGGGGAUAGCAAGGACAAGCUGGACCUUUCGGGGCUGCUGAACGUGCUGGACGGCGUGGUGGACAUGCCUGGGCGGAUGGUUGUGAUGAUCACGGAGCACCCGGAGUGGCUGGACCCUGCACUGAUCCGGCCGGGGCGCUUCAGUGUGCGGCUGCGGUUGGACUACAUGGAAAUGGAGACGCUUGUGCAGAUGCUGGGGCUGUACUACGGCGACGUGGCGCACUCGCGGCGCGGCAGCGGUGCUGGUGCCGAUGGCUGUGCUGUGGGUGCGGGCGUGGACGGCCGUGUGAAGGCGGCUCGCGCGGCGCAGUACCCUGCGGCUGGUGCUGGUGCUGCUGCUGGGUGUGCGGUGCACCGCGAGCUGAGCGAGGUGCAGGUGGCGCGUGUGCGUGGCGUUGUUGCUGCGCUGGAGGCGGAGGCGGAGGCUGCUGCUGCGCGCGAGGUGAGCACGGAUGGUAGCAGCGGCAGCGGCGAGAGCAAAUACCGCUUCCAGGUGACGCCAUGCGAGGUGGAGAUGCUGUGCAUGGAGCAGGACGACCUGGAGGGCUUCCUGAGCCAGCUGGCUGGCCUGGUGCGUGGGACGGUGCAACUUUGA